UAAAAGUGGAUAGAAUUCGCCUACGAAAAGAAAUAGGUAAAAAAAAAAUAUGCCGGAUAUAAAUCAUAUGCAUAUGAAAUAUGAAAUAAGGACCAAUGGGAGAGACAAACUGAAUCACAAGUCCGAUUCGGGUUCGAAUUUCAUAGAUAAUGAUGGUUUUGUAUAUCAUUAUAGACAAAUAAAAUACCUUCCAAAUAUUUUAUCCAAUUGAAAUUUUUAAAAAUGACUUGGUUGAACUUGAAAAUUCAAUCAUUGGAAUUGAAGGAAUUUAAAAAAUAAACAAAACAAUUGAAUUGAAAUUGAAUCGGUUGGAUGGUACCAAGAAAUGGGAGUUAUUACUUACUCCCAUUUCUUAUUUCUUAUUGAAUUAACCGAUCCAUUUUCUUUGUUAUCGAACAUUUAUUUAUAUGUUUUUUUGAGUUAAAAAUUUUUCGAAAAAAAACGGUUUAGUUUCAUUAAUAUGAGAAUCAAUCCGACUACCUCUGGUCCUGAAGUUUCUGCGCUUGAAAAAAAAAAUCAGGGACGUAUCUCCCAAAUAAUUGGGCCGGUACUAGAUGUAGCUUUUCCCCCGGGGAAGAUGCCUAAUAUUUACAACGCUCUUGUAGUUAAGGGUCAAGAUACUGUUGGUCAACAAAUUAACGUGACUUGUGAAGUACAGCAAUUAUUGGGAAAUAAUCGAGUGAGAGCUGUAGCUAUGAGUGCUACAGAUGGUCUAAUGAGAGGAAUGGAAGUGAUUGACACGGGAGCUCCUCUAAGUGUUCCGGUCGGUGGAACAACUCUUGGACGAAUUUUCAAUGUACUUGGAGAGCCUAUUGAUAAUUUAGGUCCUGUAGAUACUCGCACAACAUCUCCUAUUCAUAGAUCUGCGCCCGCCUUUAUACAGUUAGAUACAAAAUUAUCCAUUUUUGAAACAGGAAUUAAAGUAGUAGAUCUUUUAGCUCCUUAUCGUCGUGGAGGAAAAAUAGGACUUUUCGGUGGAGCUGGAGUGGGUAAAACAGUACUUAUUAUGGAAUUGAUCAAUAACAUUGCCAAAGCUCAUGGAGGUGUAUCUGUAUUUGGUGGGGUUGGUGAGCGGACUCGUGAGGGUGCGGAAUCCAAAGUAGCUCUCGUAUAUGGUCAAAUGAAUGAACCACCCGGAGCUCGUAUGAGAGUUGGUUUAACUGCCCUAACUAUGGCGGAAUAUUUUCGCGAUGUCAAUGAACAAGAUGUACUUCUAUUUAUCGACAAUAUCUUCCGCUUCGUAAUGUUGACUUUCAUUCCAGAAUGGCACAAUCUUUAA